GACUCAGGGCGUCUCGUCCUUGGCUCCUCACCCGUCCAAGGCAACUCGCCAGGCCAUGGCGUCUCCCGGGUCUCAGGAAUUUCGCUCGUCUCUAGCUCCUCCCUCUUCUCAGACUCCUGGGGUGUCCCCAGUGUCUCCAGUGCCUCUGGGGCUCCAGGUGCCUCUGGAGUCGCCGCAAUCGGACAGCUUAAAGAAAGAGAGCUCCAGCUGGAUUGCGGAGGCGGAGCUGAAAAGCAGGCGGCAGACGAUCCGCUUCAGCCUCCGCCCCAAGUCAUCUCGCCGCCUGUCACAGAGGUCCUUCAAUGCCUUCAACGAGCUGGCAAAGCUAGGUGACCCCGACCUGCUGGAGAUGGUGGAGCAGGAAGGCUUAACAGCCAGAGAAAUAGACUAUGCAUUCCAACAGAGUGAGACCCUGGGCUCCAAAGAGACCAGCUUUCUCAUCCCUGAAGACUUACAGUCACCGCCUGAGAAGCGAUUCAAUUUGUUCCUGAGGAGGCGUCUUAUGUUCCAGAGAAGUGAGCACAGCAAAGACUCGGUCUUCUUCAGAGAUGGAAUCCGGCAGAUCGACUUUGUCCUGUCCUAUGUGGAAGAUGUGAAAAAAGAUGGAGAGCUGAAGGCAGAAAGAAGACGAGAGUUUGAACAAAAUCUCAGAAAAACAGGUCUUGACUUGGAAACAGAAGACAAAUUGAACUCUGAAGAUGGGAAAACCUAUUUUGUGAAGAUUCACGCCCCAUGGGAAGUCCUGGUCACUUACGCUGAAGUGCUGGGAAUCAAGAUGCCUAUUAAGUUGAGUGACAUCCCAAGGCCAAAGUACCCACCCCUGUCUUACAUGCUUGGGGCGGUGAAGCUUCCAUCCUCUGUGAAGUAUCCUAGUCCUGAGUAUUUCACUGCCCAGUUCAGCAGACACCGUCAGGAACUCUUCCUCAUCGAAGAUGAGGCCACUUUCUUUCCAUCCUCAACAAGGAACAGAAUUGUUUACUAUAUUCUGUCACGAUGCCCUUUUGGAGUGGAAGAGGGGAAGAAAAAGAUUGGGAUCGAGAGACUGCUGAACUCGAACACUUAUUUAUCUGCCUACCCGCUCCAUGAUGGCCAGUAUUGGAAACCAUCAAAAACUGCUCGCCCCAAUGAAAGGUACAACCUUUGCAAGAACUGGGCUCGAUUUUCCUACUUUUACAAGGAGCAACCUUUUCAUUUGAUUCGGAAUUAUUUUGGAGAAAAAAUCGGUAUCUAUUUUGUAUUUCUCGGGUAUUACACAGAAAUGCUGUUGUUUGCGGCUCUGGUCGGCUUAGCCUGCUUCAUCUAUGGCUUGUUAUCAAUGGAAAAUAACCGAACUAGCACUGAAAUCUGUGACCCUGACAUCGGAGGUCAGAUGAUCAUGUGCCCACUUUGUGAUGAAGUGUGUGAUUACUGGAGACUGAACACCACGUGUUUGCAUUCAAAGUUCUCCCAUCUGUUUGAUAACGAGUCGACUGUGUUCUUUGCGCUCUUCAUGGGGAUCUGGGUCACAUUGUUUCUGGAGUUUUGGAAGCAGCGACAAGCCAGGCUUGAGUAUGAAUGGGAUCUGGUGGACUUUGAAGAAGAACAGCAGCAGCUCCAGCUGCGACCUGAAUUUGAAGCUAUGUGUAAACACAAGAAGAUGAAUCCUGUGACAAAGGAAAUGGAGCCACACAUGCCUCUAUGCCAUCGCAUCCCAUGGUACUUUGUGUCAGGGACCACAGUGACCUUCGGGAUGGCUCUCCUCCUCAGCAGCAUGGUGUCCAUCCUCGUAUACCGCCUGUCAGUCUUUGCCACUUUUGCCAGCUUCAUGGAAAGCGAAGCCACCCUGCAGAGCGUGAAGAGCUUCUUUACUCCUCAGCUGGCCACGGCUCUCUCUGGAUCAUGCCUGAACUGCAUUGUCAUUUUGAUACUGAAUUUUUUUUAUGAGAAGAUAUCUGCCUGGAUUACGAAAAUGGAAAUACCACGAACUCACCAGGAGUAUGAGAGCAGCCUCACUCUGAAGAUGUUUCUCUUCCAAUUUGUGAACUAUUACUCAUCUUGCUUCUAUGUGGCCUUCUUUAAAGGGAAGUUCGUGGGAUAUCCUGGGAGUUACACAUAUAUGUUCAACAUAUGGAGAAGCGAAGAGUGUGGUCCUGCAGGCUGUCUGAUAGAGCUGACCACCCAGCUAACCAUCAUCAUGAUUGGAAAACAGAUUUUUGGAAACAUCCAUGAAGCCUUUCAACCCUUGAUUUUUAAUUGGUGGAGACGCCGAAGAGCCCGGACCCACUCUGAGAAACUGUACAGUCGUUGGGAGCAAGAUCAUGACCUUCAGAUUUACGGACAUCGUGGGCUGUUUUAUGAGUACUUGGAAACAGUUAUCCAGUUUGGGUUUGCCACGCUGUUUGUGGCCUCUUUUCCUCUGGCACCCCUGUUUGCUCUCAUGAACAACAUCAUGGGAAUCCGAGUGGAUGCCUGGAAGCUGACAACUCAGUACAGGAGACCUGUCGCAGCGAAAGCCCACUCCAUAGGUGUCUGGCAAGACAUUCUUUUUGGAAUGGCCAUCGUUUCUGUUGCAACUAAUGCCUUCAUUGUCUCAUUCACAUCUGACAUCAUCCCCCGGUUAGUUUACUUCUAUGCCUACUCAACGAAUUCCACAGAGCCCUUGAGUGGAUACGUCAAUAACAGCCUGUCAGUGUUCCUGAUAGCUGACUUUCCCAACCACACAGUGCCCAUGGAGAAAAAAGACUUCGUCACCUGCAGGUACAGAGAUUAUAGGUACCCUCCUGAUCAUGAGGAUAAGUACAGCCAUAACAUGCAGUUCUGGCAUGUUCUUGCCGCCAAGAUGACCUUCAUCAUAGUAAUGGAACACGUCGUGUUUCUGUUUAAAUUUUUAUUAGCCUGGCUGAUACCAGAUGUUCCUAAAGAUGUUGUGGAGAAAAUCAAACGAGAAAAGUUAAUGACUAUCAAAAUUAUUCAUGACUUUGAGCUCAACAAGUUGAAAGAAAACUUGGAUGUUGAAUAUGGUAACAUCAUGAAGAAUGUUUUAGUAGAUGAAGACAAUUCCCUGAAAGCUAAAACUAUAGUCUAAUCCACAGACAAGUGGAGAAGCUUUUAGCCCCUUCUCUAUCCACCGUUGCCUCUGGGUUUCAGGCUGGAUGCUGGAAGACAUGUAGCCAUUUGUUUUUCUUUCCUUCUUUUAUUUUUAACUCAGAGUGUUUAUGCACUUUAAUAGAGGUUGGCAGUGUGCUAUCAGAAGAGAAUAUAGGCUGGCAUCAUCUCCUGGGUGAUCCCAGGAUUCUCAGGGGUCCUGUAAACAGUUACAGGUGGAGCCUGUGAAUUCAGAAAUCUAGGAAAUCAUGGAUUGUUGCUUCUUAAAGUGAAACCAUGGCCUUGGGGGGGAGGAGGUACUCUGCUACCACCCAGGGCAACUGUACAUCUCUACUGUCUCCUACUGAGUGUUUUCUGUCUCCCUCCCAACAAGAAAAAGGUUGUUUCAAAGAGAAAUAUAGAAAAGAGACCCACCAUGUCCUAAAACAUCCGCUGUUGUAAAACACACAAAUGAAAGCCAAAAUCAGAAAUCUUGAGAAAUCUCAUCUACUAACAAACACUGGAUAAAAAUCAUAGCAGCAGUGCAUCUUUAACAGUGUCCGGUGAAAGUUAGCUUCAGUCAGAAUCCCAGAUAGCCUUUCCUGGGAAAUGUAGAAUUCUUUUUCCAUGAGACUAAGUGAAUUUUUAUAAAAGAUAGUCAGACAGCUUUUAAAGGUAGUGUCUCUGCUCUGUUGACUGUUUUCAAUACCAUGGUGGCUGCAGGUCUCUAAGUUCAGGUAUUAUAUGAAGCCAGCGUGUUUUCUUAAGAGUUAAAGAAUGCAAGACAAUACAUAGAGAUUAAUUCAUUUGAUUAUAAAGUGAAACUUAUAAUUUCUCUAAAUGCUGAUUUUGCAUCAUGAAGCCUUUUUGAGCUCUAUCCAUUUGUAUAAGUUGGGCACAAACUGUUUACAAAAUGUGACUCUUUUGCUAUAAGGAAACUCCAAACCUUGUAUGUUUACAGUAUUUUCAAGGGCUACAUCGCCCUUCAAUGUCCAGUGCCUUCUUUCUGUGCCCUUGACACAUGAGCAAUUGUCUAGAUGACAUUGAUUUGACAUGAUACAAUAUUUCAGAUCUCAACUUGUCACCUCUGUCAGUAUUGUGAGCACAGAGUUUAUCACCAAAACAUAAUCAACAAAGUGAGAAAGUGAUGGUGAGGUAUCAAAAUGACUAUUUGUUAAAUGAUCCCAUCCAGACUCAGGGCUUUGUGGAUACCUCAAUUCUUGUCAUUGGUUCGGUUAAUACGAUAUCACAUAUGUGUCUGUAUGUAACUUACCGUCAGAGUGGGAGACAUAGUCCAACUAUAGUGUACUCUAAUCUUUAGAUUUAAAUUAGAAUUCAGCUAUAAAGGAGUAUUUUUUUAAUCACAUACAUACAAAAAGCUUGGUCACAUGAUUUUUAAAAGAAGUGUUCACUUACCAAUAACAGUAUUUUACAACAUAGCUGAUAUCACAGUAUUAACUAACUACUGAUAGACAUUAAGUAUCUAAAACUGGGGAUUAUGGAUUUUAUAAACAUGAUAAAAGAGUUAGCACAUCACAUUAUUGACAAUAUUGAUUUGUCAUAUACUAGGUAGAUUUUGUGAGCAUGUUUGGGUCACUUGAAAUGAUUUCAUAAUUCAAAGAUAAUUUUGUUCUAUGGAGAUGGUCAACUUAAGACAACCAUUUGUCUUGAGGAUGAUUCAAGCCACAGGUGUGGCUCUUACAGCCUGUCAAAUCACAUGGUUACCACCAUGCCUGUCACACACAGUAUGCAUUACCUUCUUCAUGGUGCUAAUUUUUUAAAAGGAAGAUUAUAGGGUUUGUUUUUUUUUGUUUUUUAGAAAUAUGCUUUAAUUUUGUGGCUUGAAAAUAUUAUGAGGCUAGACUGCAAGAUAAGGACAAAGCUGACUUGCAAAGCUGCCCACACACAGCAGGUUCAAAACCAAGACAAACACUGUAUAUCCAAAGUAAUCGUAGAAAUAAACAAAGCUGGAGUUUAUUCUCCAGCAAGCACAUCUUAAGCUUAAUCUGUGACUUCACUAUCGAAUGCAUCGGUAGAUGCAUCACAUUUGCCCUGUACUCUCCCACUGAGCACUUUCUUCUGGUUUCAUGACUCUGAGAUGCUAGAGUCACUUUCGGGAAAGUCUGCUAGCCGAAACCGGGUGUAGUUUGUCACAGCAGAUUUGCUUCCCUUCACCCACCACAUUGGUUGAUGUAGGAAUGCUAAGCUAGGUGCUCCUGACUCCACAUGAACUCUAGGCUGGGAUCCUUUAAUCCUUCAAAGAAGCAGUUAGUCUUCAAGUGCUGAAGCCCCAAGCCACACAACUCUUUUCAAAGUCAUCAUCAUCUCCAUUGUUUCUUUUCACACAAAACCCCAAAUCCUUCACAUCACUUACUUCAGGCGUCAAGAGGAGGGGGCUAUCAUUAAAUGAAAUGAUCUGAAUUUGGCAGUGUUUCUGGACUCCUGGAUUUCAACCCCUCCCUUUUUUUUUUUUCAAGAGGGAAGAGAGGUGUUGCCUCUGAAUCUCAUGUGGAAUUCUUUGGGAUACAGCUGUGGAUAGGAAUAUACAAAUCUCUUCUCACUGAUAUGCCAGUUAGUAAGAGGGAGAGAACAUCUGGAGAAAUUCCAGGUGGACAAUUACUGUGUGUCAAAAGAAAGCGUUUACUUGCAAAGUGUGUUUGUAGGGUCAGGUACUGCGAACAGCCAUUGAUUCUGCUCUCCAGAAACAACAGUAUUGGUCAUUCAAAAAAAAGACAAUCCAUUGCUUUGGACGAACCUCUCAUUGUUAUUAUGUAAUUGAAUGAUGCCGUGAAGGGAGGCAUUGCACUGCCAGACUUUGAACUCUGCCACAAGGAAUCAAUAGAACUAUCGUGUCACUGUUUUUGCAAUUUGAAUGUACUUUUUUGUGUAGUAAUUAAAGUAUGUCAGUUAUUUUAGCAUUAUGUGAAAAUUAAUGACAAUGUUUAAAACACAAUGUAUAGUAUGGCCUAAACUGUG